AUGGGACCUGACAUAUGCCGCCCCUUUGUCGAGGUUGCCGUGCCAAAGGCUAAUGUUCUGAAAUGGCGUGCUUCCGGCCGGACCCGGACCUGCUCCGGAGUACAGAGCAAGCUUGGCCACAUACUUCUAUUCCUGAUGUCCAUGCUGUCCCUACCCCAGUGUGUCUGGUCCAUGCCAGGUGACAGCGACACAGCACAAGCCGUUACAGCAGCUGCAGUUGCUACAGACUACCCAGGCUUCGGCGAAGACAGUCCUCACACUCCACCCGUGAGAGACAGACAUGAGUAUGACCUUGGAUCACCGCCAGGAACAGUCAGCCACCCUGCCGACGAGCUUCAGAUACAAUGUGUGCUUUUUGCCCCGGGCUUUCCCACACAAUCUGCUCAGGUCAAGGCCGCCUUCCCUGUUCAAGCCGCUGCUCUGCUCCACUCAGUUGUUGCUAAACUUGGGCCUAGUAGAGCCUACUUUGCAGCAGACGUUGAUUUCGUGGAGCCACAGCUUGAGGAGGGAUACAUAUCCCUAUUGAUGGUGCCCCAAUGGACGGCGCAUUCGGGAAUCGCCACAGUGAUCUUCGAUUUUUCUGCAGUUAGUGGCCCGGUCUAUGCGGCCAUGAUUGACCGGAGGCCUCCUUUUUCGGAAAUCGUCGAUCAUGCAGAGCGACAUACCUGCCAGCCCUGGGAUGCCUUCCAGACCGGCUGUACCGUACCACUCUGCUCCACGAGACCCAUUCACCUCACGACUGGGGAUACCCUGAAAUUCGUUGAUGUGUAUGGGCAGCCACAUUGGCAACCCACCUCCACUGCCAGUCUGCGAGACCGUGAUUUCUUGACUGCCGACAUCCGUUGCAUUGUCAGUGAAGAGGUUUCCGACCAAUGGCUAAUUGUCGCGCCCCAGGUGCCUACGACGAAAGCUUGGAGGCCCAUGUUGCCUCGGCACUUCAUUGCAGACCAGAAGCACUUAGGCUAUGCCGUCCCGACAGACAAGGCAUGUCAGCCUAUGUCUACCGAGGUUCCCUCCUUGCUGGACUCGUCGCUGCCCGACGAAGCACUGUCGAGACUGAACAUGCUGAGCUACCGGGAGCUCUUGUCAUACUGGAUCGACGGCCCGUUGGGGGUUCCCUGGCAACGAGCUGGCGAUGCCGCACGGCCCGUGCUCCCGCCAGCUCGCUACGACGAGGACGCCAUCACACCCGAUCCUACCAUCUACGAGCGAGAGUAUCGUGCCGAAGUCCUUCCUCUCGUUCUGAGAGCCCCAUGCGACCCCGAAGAGGCAUUGCACGAGAUCCAAGAUGCGCGUAAUGAGGACCAGUCACUCUACUUCGAUACCCUCCUGCCAGUCGAGCCACAGCCGGACAACAGGCUCUUCAGUAUCAUUGUACCCACCCGGCUCACGCGUCCCGUUCGUUCUGCAGUUCUCGUACACACUGAUUCGGUGCCUCGGGUCAUUUCAUACGAGCCUAAUCCGGCGCACACUCUUCCUGAGCUCCGCCGCUUCACAGCUGAGCUCCUUGGCUACAGUCUCCCAGACACAAUUAUGUACCAAUCCAACCCGGCCAUCGAGGAUGUCGAACACAUUGGACAUACUUGCAAAGCCCUCUGUGUAGCCACACAGAGAGCACACCAUACUGCACCUUUGGCCGACCAGGCCAGACCUCAGAUUGUCAUCAUCGAUGCCAGACCGAUCCUUCGGGAUAUAGAAUGGGUCCACGCCGUUCAAGGUGUGCUCGACUACGAUGCUUUGUGCGCUCGUUUUGAACCUGCCGCACCGUCUGGCUAUGCUGUCAGCAUCAAGGGUGGCAGGCACGAACUACGCGCUGAGGGCACUUAUGUCCACGUUCCGCAAGCAGGUAUCCUAGUAGUGCAGUUCGUGCAAGACUUCCCUGAGAACUCCCCUGGCCCUAACAGGUCGUCAUCACAGGAACUUGAGGGGGAAGAUGAGCAGGCUGAAUCAGAGUCUGCAAGCUCUGAUUCCAGCAUGUCCUCUACGGAUAAUGGAGCUACCGAAGAUCGUCGCGAACGAAGCCGCUCACCCCGACGCACGGAUGGUGCUGCGGGCCAUGCCAUUCUAUCCCCUGGCAUCAUUGCUUCCCUUUUUGGGGGCACCCAGCUUCAGGUUGUAGUUGCCUCCAAUUUCCCUGCCACUCUUGACCCGAAGGGAGUGCCGUUUGGUAACAGCCCUUUGCCUGCUUCCUCGUUCUAUGGGUGUCUUGGGGAUUUGCACCUUGGGGUUCUCAACUUCAAACUUUUGGGUGACCCUGGUUCCUAUAGUGUCUCUCAGUGGCAAGAGAAUCUGCCCACCUUCGGUGAUGGUAACCAGGAACAAGUCAGCUGGACUUACUCUGCCCCCUUCGAUCAUCGGGAACCCCUUGCAACUGAUACCACCGGGUUCCAGGAUGAGCUUCAACAGGCAUCUGAGGACCGACGCCUGUACUUUGUUGUUGCAACACCUGAGUACACAUUGUACCAGACGGAAGUCACAGUCACCAUUCCUGCAGUGCCCCCGGAAGCUCUUGCUGCUGUUCGGGCUGCCCGGCCGACAACGGACAGGCGCCAAUUCCCGAUUCUACAUCCGGCGAAUCCUCAGCCCAUUGCCGGCUGUGGACUGUUCCUUGCAGAACCUAGCUGGGGUCCCCAGCCACCCACGAUCUGCUUCGACACAAGACUUAUAGACGGUCGCUUAUUUGCAAAGAGCGGGCGUUCCUAUGCCGACCGCAUACCAGCCCUACUCCUGGUGCCGUCUUCAGCGGACCUCUGUGUCCAGUCUGUCUCCUCGCUGCGGGGUCUCAGCAAGCGUGUCAGAGGUGACCACUGUGUCAUCUCCACCUGCGACGACCUCUGCGGCCUUCUUGUUUCACCACUUCUUAAUUAA